UCGACAAUUUUCCUACUGUCUCUGCACCCAAAUGUUUCUGAUUCAAUAUUACUGAUUGUGAAGCACAAAGAAGUAAAGGCUCCAUAUUUUGUGACAUUUAUUUUCCUUACCGUAUAUUUUCACUCCGCUUUCUCGUUGCAGCAAACUGAAAGCAUGGCAGUUGAAAAGUCCGGCAUUGCCAAUGAUGUUACUGAAUUGAUUGGCCAGACGCCACUGGUUUAUCUCAAUAAUGUUGUGGAUGGUUGCGUUGCUCGUAUUGCUGCUAAGCUCGAAAUGAUGGAGCCCUGCUCUAGUGUGAAAGACAGGAUUGGUUAUAGUAUGAUUGCUGAUGCGGAGGAGAAGGGCCUUAUCACACCUGGGCAGAGUGUCCUCGUCGAACCAACUAGCGGUAAUACUGGCAUAGGGUUAGCCUUUAUGGCAGCAGCUAAGGGUUACAAGCUUAUCAUUACAAUGCCUGCUUCAAUGAGCCUUGAAAGAAGAAUCAUUCUUCGAGCUUUUGGAGCUGACUUGGUUCUAACAGAUCCUGCAAAAGGCAUGAAAGGGGCUGUUCAGAAAGCAGAAGAGAUACUGGCAAAGACACCCAAUGCCUACAUACUUCAGCAAUUUGAAAACCCUGCCAACCCAAAGGUACAUUAUGAAACCACUGGACCAGAGAUAUGGAAAGGCUCUGGAGGGAAAAUUGAUGCAUUUGUUUCUGGGAUAGGUACAGGUGGUACCAUUACAGGUGCUGGGAAAUUUCUUAAGGAGCAGAACCCUACCAUAAAGUUGUAUGGCGUGGAACCUGUUGAAAGUCCUGUUCUAUCUGGAGGGAAGCCUGGUCCUCACAAGAUUCAAGGGAUAGGUGCUGGUUUCAUUCCUGGGGUUUUGGAGGUCAACAUCGUUGAUGAAGUUGUUCAAAUUUCAAGUGAAGAAGCAAUUGAAACUGCAAAGCUUCUUGCUCUGAAAGAAGGUCUAUUUGUGGGAAUAUCAUCUGGUGCUGCCGCUGCCGCUGCAAUUAAGAUUGCUAAGAGACCAGAGAAUGCUGGAAAGCUCAUUGUUGUGAUUUUUCCAAGCUUUGGGGAGAGAUACCUGUCGUCUGUGCUGUUUGAGUCAGUGAGACGGGAGGCUGAAAGCAUGACUUUUGAGCCUUGAUCUUGGCUCCCCAGUUCCUGGCUUAUUGCAACCUUCCGACUGCAGAACUUUUAAAAGUUGAUCUACAAGAUAGAUUAUGGCUUAAGACAACACAGUUGUGGCAUCUGGGUUGUAUCUUGGUUCCCUUAUGGUUUCCUCAAUAAAGAUUGUUUUG